GAUUAUCACCCAUCCCAUGUCUAGCCUUCGUGGCUUUCUUGUCAGGUAAACUGUCAUCUCAGGAAUGAUCCAAUCGUUGUAACGGUAUUGGCCGCUUCAAUUUUAUCAAUUGUGCAGUAAACAUUUAAUCCAUGGCGUGCAAAGAACGAUAUAAGUGCACUAUGUGAUAGGUUGAGUUGCGAUACAGUUUCGAAUCCAUGUUCUGCAACUGUAAACACUAACUCACUCGCGCUCCGAUUUAUCAGCAAGUCUUCCGUCAUGAAUGCUUAUAACAGAAAUGCACCAGGUAUAUCAGGAAAUGCCUUUGAUUGUUGGGUUCAGAAAUCUAAUAUGCAUGAUGAUUCGGCUAUAACAAAAAUGCAACAUCAAUUCUGGGUGACAAAGCAGGCUUUGUCCCGGAAGUUGGGAAAAAAGGAAGAUGAAUGUAUAAUUGCUUCGGACGCUGAGCUGGAUGCGAAGUUAGAAUUGUUCCGUAGUAUCCAAGAGUCCUGUUCAUACUUACAGAGAGUUAUCGACAGAUACCAAGAAAGAUUAUGCAAUUUAGCUCAGGAAGAAAAUGCUAUGGGACGUUUUUUGAAAGAUGCUGGUAAACAGGACAAAACCCGUGCUGGCAAAAUGAUGUCAGCAGUUGGCAAGUCUUUAUCAUACUCUGGUCAACAAAGACUUGCAUUGAGAGCACCCUUAGGUCGCUUAUAUCAAGAGGUGGAAACAUUUAGGCAGAGAGCUAUUGAAGACACGUUACAAAAUGUACAGGCGAUGGAAAAAGCUCGUACAGAAUACCGAGCUGCUCUGUCAUGGAUGAAAAAUAUUUCACAAGAAUUAGAUCCAGAUACGUCCAAACAAUUGGAAAGAUUUAGAAAAGUUCAAACACGUGUCAGACAGGGCAAAAUGGCUUUUGACAAUCUGGCUCUCGAUUGUCUCCAGAAGGUUGAUUUAUUAGCAGCAGCAAGGUGUAACAUGUUUAGUCAUGCCUUAGUUUUAUACCAGACGACUCUCCUGAAUUUUACCAAAAAAUCCGCACAAGCGUACUCUGCAAUAGCGAAUAGCUUUAAAGGCUAUCAGCACUAUGACUUUACAGUUGUACGAGAACUAGCUGAAACCUCUAGUAAAUUGGCACAAGAAACUGGCGGUGAUGACGACCCAGAGGAGAAAGACAAAUUACCAUUCUUCGACAUGGACUAUCAUGAUGACGUUGAAGAGGCUCAAGAGGCUACUGCAAAUUCAGAAAAUGCAUCAGAGAAAAAUAAGCAUGAUGAGAAACUCUUGGACAUAGAGGGUGAACCAAAGGACAUACUGAUAGGUUUAGACGCCAUCACAGAUUCGUCUAGGAACGGCGUUGUGCACGAUAGUAAUGACGCAGAAAAUGAGAAAAGCCUCGAAGAAUUCUUUGGAAAUCUAAUCCUGGAGAAAGAUGUCUGCGGUGGCACUGGACAAUUAGUUAAGAAGAGCGGAGAAAACAAUCAUUCUGAGUUCGAUAAAAGUUCCGAGGAGCAGAAGUUGGCGAUGGAUAUAUUCGGGGAGUGCAAUACAAACUUCAGUCUGGCUAAUUUAUCUCCCUUGUCGUUAGAGGCUCAACAGCAGCAGCAAUCGUUAAAUCUGUUGGCCUCCGAAAGCGCAGUGCUCUUCGACGAAAUCCUGAACGAUAAGCAGUGCGCCAAUAACAGUGACUGGGAAGGAAUGUCGAGUGAUACUUUUCUACCGCCAAAUAUUUUGAAACAGAGUCUCGGCGAUGCGGCGCUAGGUAUGGGACAGAAGAAUAGUACAACCAACAACACGGACGACAAAAAAAAGAGUAAGACAGGAAAGCAAAAAGGUAACUCGUGGUUGGACUUGUUCGCAGAAUUGGAUCCGUUGGCUAAUAAUCCAAUGGAGAACCUAUCCGGUGAUAGUAAUGCUUCUGCUUAAUUUGCAAAGUGUUAUAACGGUGCAUCGCUCUGACACGAUCACUUUGUACUUGUAACAAGGAAAAUUAAUCAAGCUAUCAUUUGUCCAAGAGUAUGAUGACGAUGCAGUGAGCGUUCGGUUCACGGUGUUUUCACUUCGUACAUUUUUAUCAGUAUCUACCAGUAAGCUUUUAAAUUUAACAUUCCAGAUUUAUUUUCAGUGAAAUCAUCACAAGAAUCAAAAGUAUUCGCGAAUUACAUGACUUUUCAUAUAAGCUAGAUAUAUUUACCAAAGAUAUGUAAUGUUUUAAUUAAACAUUAUGCUAGUCAUGUUUUCUUUAAAAUAUAUUGCAAAAGAUC